AGGAGUCGAUUCGAUCGGUCCACGAAUGGAUCAUGGAACGGCAGUGGUCGGGUUCGACAUUUACGUCAUCGGUGGUUGCAACGACGUCUUUGGAGGUUUAAGCACAUGUCUCUGCUUCAACGCCGUUACGAAGACAUGCCGCAAGGUGGCGCUUAUGGCCGAACGCAGAAACAAAUUAAGUGUGACAGUUCUGCGGGGUGCUGUGUACGCCAUGGGCGGUCAAGAUGGUAGUCGGAUUCACAGAACGGUUGAAAGAUACGACUGCAAGACGAACAAGUGGUCUUUGAUCAAUCCCAUGAACAAACAGCGUGCCCGUGCACGUGCGGCUGUACUGAAUGACAAAAUAUACGUCGCUGGUGGGGUUAAUUGUUACGGUUAUCUAAACUCGGUGGAAGUUUAUGACCCGGACACCAACCGAUGGACAUUCGUUGCACCAAUGCUUUCCGUACAUCUGCUUUUUUCUUGCGUCGAGUUCCACGGCUGUCUGUACGCCCUGGCGCUGCUUCUCGUGUCGAAUCAGGGAUGCGUGCAUCAGUGGGUUACGUCAAAUCGCGCUCCUAACCCAACUCUCAGAGCAGGGGCUCAGGACACAUCCGAGGGAGCAGUUCUUCUAGACACAACGCGACCAAAGGCACAUUCUGUGAUAGUAUCGGAAACUAGGCCGUAGUCCAUUCUUUCAACGUACGAGGUGCGAUCAGAAAGUUUACAGACUGUGUCAAUUGAGGGCGAACUGGACGUAGGUUGCAGUCUACCUUCUCUUAAUAUCGGACACACAACACAUCAUUACAACCCGAUAUAAAACAUCCAAGCACAACCUCCAAAUUU